CUAUGCGCGCUCGACACGAGCUGGACACACCUUGACGGUGGAUCUACAUAUGCGGCCAAAAGUGUCUUUGCUGGAAAACCUGGUUAUUUCAAACGGACUUUAAUUGCUGAUAGACUGACCAUUCCAUUUGAAAGCUCCGUUUCUCGUUACCUUGGAGCGAAACGAGACAGGGCCAUCAUGAGCAGAAGAUCACGACGCUGGAUAUUUCACAUUUUCCUUUGUCUCGGAAUAAUCUACUUGAAAAUGGGGGGAUUCUCCACCGUGCUGGCGCUGGGAGCGAGCAUCAUAUGCAGCAAGAUCCCGGGACUGGCGCCCAGGCAGCGCAUCAUCUGUCAGAGCCGGCCGGACGCGCUCAUCGUGAUCGGGCAGGGCGCGCAGAUGGGCAUCAACGAGUGCCAGUUCCAGUUCAAGCACGGCCGCUGGAACUGCUCCGCGCUCGGCGAGAGGACCGUCUUCGGAAAAGAGCUGAGAGUGGGCAGUAAAGAGGCUGCGUUCACGUACGCCAUCAUCGCAGCAGGAGUGGCUCAUGCCAUCACAGCUGCCUGCACGCAGGGAAACCUCAGCGACUGCAGCUGUGACAAAGACAAGCAGGGCUUCCACGGUCAUGCCGACGGCUGGAAAUGGGGCGGCUGCUCGGCAGACAUCCACCACGGCCUGGGCUUCUCCAAAGUCUUUAUGGACGCCAGAGAGAUCAAACACAGCGCCAGGACGCUUAUGAAUCUGCAUAACAACGAAGUAGGGCGAAAGGUCCUGGAGAGGAGCAUGCGGCUGGAGUGUAAAUGCCACGGUGUGUCUGGAUCCUGCACCACCAGAACCUGCUGGAUGACCCUCCCAAAGUUUCGCGAGCUCGGCUACAUCCUCAAAGACAAAUACAGCCACGCCGUCCACGUGGAGCCAGUCAAAGCCACGCGGCACAAGCGGCCCACUUUCCUCAAGAUCAAAAAGCCCUACUCGUACCGCAAGCCCAUGGACACGGAUCUGGUGUACAUCGAGAAAUCGCCCAGCUACUGCGAGGCGGACCCCGUGACGGGCAGCGUGGGCACUCAGGGCCGGGUGUGCAAUAAGACACUGGUGCACCAUCCCAACGGCUGCGAGCUGAUGUGCUGCGGCCGCGGAUACAACACACACCAGUAUUCACGCGUCUGGCAGUGCCACUGCAAGUUCUUCUGGUGCUGCUACGUCAAAUGCAACACUUGCAGCGAGAGGACAGAGGUGUACACAUGCAAAUGAGCGAUGCUUAUGCUUUUUGAGAGGGCCUUUCAUCCUGACAUUACUGUAAAAGAUGACUUAAUCAGGUGGCAUUUGUUCUUUUGCACAAGACCUUACUACAGAUAUGCUUCCUUCACUUUAAUGGAAGAACAUAAAGAUUUGUCUGGAGAAAGAAUUGUGUGAGACGGAACGUGGAACUAAAAAGUGUAAACUACUGUACUUUUGAUGCCACAGAGUUUUCUCCUCUUUCUUCACUAAAUCUAGAGCGUUACUCCAGUCUGCAGGAUCCUGAAACUGUCUGGAUUAAAAUAAGGCUCUCUUGUCUUUUACCUGCUGUUAAACCCAUUACAACUGCACCUUGAUUUAACCAGCGGAGCUACUGGGUCAUGGACGUCUUGCAGGCAUGCAGUGAAGCUUACAGCGAUAUUAACAAAUAGAUCAAAACAGCAUGGUUCCAGAAGUAAGUUGAGAUUUUAAUUUGAUUUCUAAAGAAAAUUCCUAAAGAGAAAAUGAACGGGGAAGUACUCCUGGAACCAAGGUUGCUGAAAAUAUGCACGAUCACUGUCGUACUCUGUUGUGAAAUUCUUCCAAACUGAUUUUAUUUAUUUAUUAAAAAACAAUGUUGUUAACUGUAAUUAAUGAGACACUGGAAAGUGGAUCUGCAUCCCUUUAUGAAUACACUGAGAUUUUGUAUCUUCUGAAAGUAUAGCUUUUUUAGUUUACAUAAUGCAUUGUUAAAAAAACAAGCAAUAUUUUUUUCUAUGAGAAAUUUCCUGUAUGCUGCUAGUCUGGAAUAAUCACAU